AUGCGCGACCCUUCAUCAGGGUCACCUAGGAGUCGGGGAGCACGUUGUCGGCCGCCGUGGUGGGAGAUCGCCACCCGCCGCUCCCGGUACCGCUCUUGCCCCGCCAUGUGCCCCGCCACCGCCGCUGCCUCGGCCGCCCGCCUCACUGCCCGCCUCGAGAAACUUGCUUCCUCCCCAGACCUCAAGACGCCUGACGCCGAGGAGCUGCGCCGCACCGUCGCCUGCCUAAGGCGCCACAGCAACAUCCUCAGCAGCGGGCUGUUGGGGGGCUCCUACGACAGCGUCUCCAGCGAGCUGUCUACUCCCUGUGGGGGGCUGCAGGCCGCCCUCAGGCCCCCCGACGCCGCCAGCCUCACCCCCGCCCGGAAUGGCCAGGUCAGCUGCCACCCCGGAGGAUGCGACGGCCCCCUGCCCUCCACAGACACCAACGCCAAUGGGAUGAUGAAGAAAAGAAACUGGUUACGCAAUUCCCUACGUAAAGCGUUUGGACGUAAGCGCAACAACGCCCACAAUAAGAACAACAAGAAAAACGUCAUCACAACCACACACGACCUACCACUGAACCACUGCCGUAACGCUGCCGUCACAAACCUCACCAACAACCGCAACAUGGAUGCUCAGCACAACCCUUCCGUUGGCCUUAGUAGUUGCUACGAUCGUCGUAAAGCCAACAGUAACAGUUACGGUAGCCAUCUUGGCGAAAACGGUUUCGGGCGCGACUGCAAUUCUCACACGAAGACUUACGCUCAUCGUAAGUGCUGUGCAGACGAGUCUCGGUGUCUGCUCCCCACCUCAAACAGCUCGCUGAGCAUCAACCCGCUGGGGCUGCUGACCCCUCCCAACCGGAGCGUCGUUGCGCCGCUCUCAAACAACGCAGUACCAAGAACUAAAGGUGCCAGCAAGAGCUUGGACGCGCUGGACGACUGCUGGCACAGUAGGCACUCUUCUGCCAGGAACAGCGUCGUCUACACUGCCGGCAGCGCAGACCUGCUUUACCCCGCUUCCCACACUGCUGCUCUCCUCAGGGACAGUUUGCAGGGCGAUAUCAGCAGCAGUCAGAUGCGGCAGGAGCUGACGGAGACGCAGGCGCAACUGCAGGCAACGCAGGACCUCAACCACAGCCUGCAGAUAGAGUGUCGUAGUCUGGUUGACCAGAGGGCGCAGCUGGUGGCGGCCAUCAGGGACCAUCUCGGACCUUCAGCGGACGCCGUCUUGGCGGCCAUCUUGCCGCAGCCGGAUUCAGAUGAUGCCAUCAGCUCCCUUUCUCCUCCACCGUCCACCAUUUCUCGCUAUUCGUCCACCAUUCCCCUCCACUUCUCUUCCACACUUCCUCCAUAUUCCACCUCUACUCUCAAUAAUCAUGCUACCCCUCCUCAUUCUUCUUCCACCCUGCCCCUCUAUCCCCCCUCUUCCAUGCCCCCUCACUCCACCUCAACCCUGCCUCACCCCUCCCCCACGGGGCGUCGACUUGCUGUGCUCGUGGUGGAGUCACUCACGGGAAUUGGCAGCCCUAGGGAGGCGCUGACGUUUCCCGUGUCGUCCAUGGGCACCCGUCACGUAGGCGACGUCACGGUGGCGCCCAAGACGACCUGGCAGGCGAUGGACGGCUUGCUGCGGGCGACGCUCGAUGAAUACAGCCGACGCGUGCUCUGUGACCCACCCGCGGAUGAACUUGAAUUCAAAGACUCUUCCUCGAGCGGGGAUGAUGGACCUCUUCGAGGUCACGUGUCGAGACAAGCUCAGUUACAAAACACAAAUUCCUCGACAAACGAUUCAAAAUCUAGCUUUUACGACUCUAAACCUUCCUCUUACGAUUCCAAACCUUCCUCCUACGACUCCAAACCUUCCUCCUACGACUCUAAUCCUUCCUCUUACGACUCCAAGCCUUCCUCCUACGACCACAAACUUCAGUCACACGACUGGAAAUCUUCCGUGUGUGACCCCAGGAAUGACUCUGUCGACCCAAGACCGAAUCAUAACGACACGUCUCCUGCUACGCCUCCCUCGACUUCCUCCACGCGCCCCAGCAGCCCCGGGGCCAGCCUUCUCACUCUGCACUGCUACAGGAUGGCUGAGGUGGUGCGGUGCCCGGGGGCGGCACCCCCCGACCUCCUGCCGUAUGGCUACUGCGUUGGUCUGGUCAACGAGAUCUACGUGUGGCUUGCCGGGGCUGCCACAUCGAGGGAGACCAGCCCCCGGGGGGAAGAAGCCUUUGGGGCUGCUGGUGGACUCGACUGUAAGGGGUCUGAACCCCAACCCGGCAGGGGAGUUGCUGAUCCCGACCCUUCGAGUGUCAGCUUCUGCUGCAACUUCUUGCCGGACACGAUCGCGUCGCUCACGAGAGAGCUUCUCAAGACGCGGCGGCUGUUGGUGUGUGGGCCGCCGGGCAGCGGCAAGACCGAACUCGUGCGCGCCCUCGCCCACCACGUCACCGCCGCCCAUCACGUCACCGCCGCCCACCACGUCACCGCUGCCCACCAUCUCACAGCCGUCAGUAGCGCGGCUGACACCGCCCCCGUCAGCAGCGCUGCCAGCCCGAAAUUCUUCACCGUGUCGGGCACUAACGGCCUGCAGUUGUGUCAGCUCCUGACGUCAACCGUCAGACAGAAGACCUACGGUGACAGAAGUAGCGCUAUCAAGACAGACGCUGCAAGUGCCGUCAGCGGAAGACCCUUGACAGACCCACCAGCCCCACCCCUGCAGGUGCUGGUCAUUGAAGACGUAGACCAGGGCGGGGGCGUCACGCAGACCAUCGAGCGCUGCCUGUCGGGGGGCUCGUCGGGCUCUCACAGCAACCUGGUCCUCCUGGUGACCAGCGGCCUCCCUGCCGCGGCCCAUGCCGGCCUCACAAACCUCUGCGACUUCCGCUGCGUGGAGCUGACGCCUUCCUCGGACCUCACGCGAGGUCAGCUCGGUCGUGCACUGCGUCAGCGCUUCUACGCCUGCGAGCUACAGAGUCAGCGUCAGGAACCUCAGCUGCGCUGCAUCGCUGCCUGGCUGCAGCAGCUAUGGCUGCUGCUGAACCAGCCUGACUCGGCUGAUGUGCAGGCUCCACAAAUGGCUGGGUUGCCGCGUUCCCUCCAGCUGUCGCCGCGUCACCAGUCAACCCGUCUUGAGGGGCUCUCUGGCAACAAGGCGCGCGAGGCCCCAUUGCGGGGGGGCAGUGGGGGGCCCCAGCUGUUUGUAGGGCCCCGCGUGCUGGCCUCGUGUCCCGCGGACGUGCAGGCAUCGCAGCGCUGGUUCCUGGAGACCUGGAACGGCGACCUGCUGGCCCUCCUCCGCCGGCGAGCUUGGAGGGUUGACCCGCUGCAGUGGGUGCUCGCCACGUAUCCCUGGCCCCCGUCGGUAGCGUACGGCCCCCACAACCUAUUCAGCGUGGGGGAAACGUACCCCCUGCCACGGUCUCCUCCUCCCCCACUGCACGCGCCGCCCCCCACGCCCCCCGCCAACACGAAAGCGAGUUCCCCGAAUGGUGGAUACGCAGCGCCCAUGGUUUCUCCUUCGCCUGCGUCGCCUUCGCCUGCGUCGCCUUCACCUUCCUCUUCCUCCGCAGUAAGGAAGGAGUGGAAGUCUGCGGACAUCCGGCACCAAAGACCGGAUUACGGCUCUGAAAAUCCUUACUCUGCUCAGAAACGUUCAAAUUCUGGCUCUAAUGAAGCGUACGUGGCUCACGGAGAGCAGAACUCCGGCUCAGGAGGUCAGCACGAUAUUUCCUCGGACAGUUUGGGGCAGGAUUUGCCCUCAGGCAUGCCUCUUAUCGAGUCCUUUGCGGCUGCCAGGAGAGGGCAUAAAAACGGCGGUUGUGGCCCCGCUGGUGAAACUAGCGAAUGUCAUUCCGGUAACGGAUGCUUGCCGAGUUACGGUAAUGGUCCCAGUAAUGGCAAUGGUCCCAGUAAUGGUAACACUCCCGGUAAUUAUAACGGCAUCAGUAAUGGCUACGGUCACAGUGGCGGCAGCGGUCCCAGUAACUGCAACGAUUUAAGUAAUGGCUACGGUCUCAGUAACGGCAACAGUCAUCACGAUUAUGAUAUUGUGUCACCCUUGAAGCCCCAUGAUGACUCAGCUGACCGCUCCGGAUCCGGCUGGUCCCGGCGGUGUUUCAGCAGCUCCUCGAUGCCUCACGAUUCCAGCAAGCCUUUGUGGCGCAGCGCGCUUCCCGAUGGCCCCUUGCACAAAUUAAGGAACUCCCCGCUACCUCCCCCUCGGGUGUCUAGCCACGGACCCGUUACCAGCAGCCACGGACCUCUACCCGUACCUAGCAACGUGCCCUUAUCGACCAGAUCCGUCGUCGAAGGAAGUGGCCACGUCACAAACGGCUUCCAUCGUCCCGACGGACGAGGCGGUGACUCGGAAGUUUUGGACAUGUCGACCACCGAGCCUGUCUACCUCCCCAUACAUAGCGGGGAAGACAGUGGCACGAGUGGGUCAUGCCACGACGGUGACGGGGAAGCAGAACCUAUCUACUUCACCAUACCUGGGGACGUAAAAGAUCCCAAGUCCGCCUUCAACGGCGCACGCGAGGCUGGAAGCGCCGAUACUCGUGACAGAAAUUCUGAUAUGUGGCUGGCGAACGGCUCUGCUGUGUGUUCGCCAGACACCGCCAUGUGUCCGCCAGACACGGUGGCAAUCGUCCACCGUCGUCAGGAGCACCGUUCAAGAAUUGGAGCGAAUCUCACCUCCAGCUUCAAACCUGUCGAGACGUCGAUGUGAUUCAGCCCCACUCGCGUUGCCGCAACUUCACUCGUGUUGCGACAGCCUCACUCGUGUUGCCACAGCCUCACUCGUGUUGCCACAGCCUCAUUUGUGUUGCCACAGCCCCAAUACGUUCCGACGUCAGGGGUUCAGGAGGAGAUCCCCUGGAAUCGCACUGGGUUCAGAAGCCAUUAGGCCCAGAGGCUUCCAUCAUAGUUUUAACCUCUACCAUUGGCCGCCGGAGGAAAAACCUAACGUCGCUGAUGUCAAGUCAUCUCUGAACUACCGAAAUAUUUAAACCAAAAUUGUAGAAUUUCCAAUGAAAUUGAUCGUGAGUUCUUUAUUGUUAGUAUUCUGAAUGCGUGCGCCAAAUAUCUAAAUAGCUUAAUAACCAAACCAAUGGACAUGCUGGGAAAUGGUAAUAUCAUAAAUAGUGUAUGUCUGUAGAUGAAGGCUGUACGUGAGCUGUCUUGCGCGCCGACUACUAUUCUCUGUGCAAUGUUUGUAAAAUUCCAGCUAGCUGAGGAUUUGUAUAUUAGUAACCGUCGCAUGUACGUAAUGUGUAAUGUUGGUACAUUUUAUGUAAAGUAGUUCAUAUUAUGUGUAGUGGUACAUAUCAUGCUGUACUGACCAUAUCAAGAGACGAGAAUGUUGAGCUCGACUUCUUGGCUACCUUUGGCAUCAAUAAUGGCUUAUAUGUAUUUUGUGGUCGCUUCAACUAGUGUUGACUUUAUUGCCCCACUCACUUCUCACGAGUCUGAUCAACGCAUUACAUUUGGCUUGA